GUGGUUUUCGGCUUCAUCCGCAAGCGGAGCUUCAUUGUAAACACACUGCGUCCAUUUUCAAACCUAUCCGGAUAAACAUCAGACAUCAGCGCCGAACAUGGGGGCCGUGCUCGGGCUUUGCUCCAUGGCCAGUUGGAUUCCUUGCCUUUGUGGCAGUGCUCCUUGCCUGUUGUGCAAAUGUUGCCCGAAUGGAAACAACUCAACUGUUACUCGGCUAAUCUACGCCUUCUUUAUGCUGCUGGGCGUGGGCAUCGCCUGCAUCAUGCUCAUGCCAGGCAUGGAGGGGCAUCUGAAGAAGAUUCCAGGCUUUUGUGAAGGAGGAAUGGGGUCGUCUAUUCCAGGGGUCGAAGGUCACGUGAACUGUGAUGUCCUUGUUGGGUAUAAGGCUGUGUAUCGCGUAUGCUUUGGGAUGGCCAUGUUCUUCCUGCUUUUCUCUCUCAUCAUGGUGAAGGUCAAGAGCAGCCAGGACCCACGAGCCGCUGUGCAUAAUGGGUUUUGGUUCUUCAAAUUUGCGGCUGCCACUGCUAUUACAGUCGGAGCUUUCUUCAUUCCCGAAGGCCCCUUUACUACUGUCUGGUUUUACGUUGGCAUGGCCGGAGCGUUCUGUUUCAUCCUCAUCCAGCUAGUGCUCUUGAUUGACUUUGCUCACUCUUGGAACGAGUCCUGGGUGGAGAAGAUGGAGGAGGGAAACUCUCGCUGCUGGUAUGCAGCUCUUCUGUCGGCCACAACCAUCAACUACGCUCUGUCCUUGAUGUCCCUGGUGCUCUUCUAUGUGUAUUACACUCACUCUGAUGGCUGCACUGAGAACAAGGUGUUUAUAAGCAUCAACAUGUUGCUGUCUGUCGGGGCGUCUGUCUUGUCCAUCCUGCCUAAAAUCCAGGAGUCACAGCCCAGGUCUGGUCUCUUGCAGUCCUCUAUUGUUUCCUUGUACACCAUGUACCUGACUUGGUCUGCCAUGACCAAUGAGCCUGACCGCAAGUGCAAUCCAAGCUUGCUCAGCAUUAUAGGCCUCAACAGCACCAGCCCUGCUGGUCAGGACCGCGUUGUUCAGUGGUGGGAUGCUCAGGGCAUUGUAGGAUUGAUUCUGUUCCUGUUGUGUGUGCUGUACUCCAGCAUCCGCAAUUCCAGCAACGCUCAGGUGAACAAGCUGACCCUCACCAGUGAUGAAUCUGCUCUGAUUGAGGAUGGAUCCGCUCCAGAGAACUUUGAAGUGAGCGAUGGCAACAACCGUGCUGUUGACAAUGAGAAAGAUGGAGUCACCUACAGCUACUCUUUCUUCCACUUUAUGCUAUUCCUGGCCUCCCUGUACAUCAUGAUGACACUGACCAACUGGUACAGCCCUGACUCCAGCUAUGAGACGAUGACCAGCAAAUGGCCUUCCGUGUGGGUGAAAAUCUCUUCCAGCUGGAUCUGCAUCUCUCUGUACGUGUGGACACUGGUGGCUCCACUGGUCCUCAACAACCGUGACUUCGACUGAGAGGAUACAUAGAAUUAAAGCUUGUUGUAAUGCUUUGCCAUUAUCUUUGUGAAUAUCCACCUGUAUAGGAUACGAGAGUUCUAAAUGUAAAUACUGUGAGUGUUUCAUUCAUUCAGCUAACCCUACAUGUGUGUUUUAUAUUCUGCAUGCUUUUAUGUAGGAGUUUAUUUGUUGAAAUAUAAAAUAGGGGGUGAAAUGAAGAACACAGUUUGAGAUUCCAGUUAUUAUGUGAAUAUAAGUUCCUAAAGAAAGACUUUUAAGAGCACAAUAGUGUGUUCUUCGAAAUUAAGAGAUGUUGGAACAGUAAUUAAUAGUUUCUGUAUGUUUUUUAAAAAAAAAAAUGAUCUUAAGUUAUUUGUGAAGAGUAGCAACAAUGCAGGUCAUGUUUUUCCAUAAGUAAUGUGACUUGUGAUUUCCUAUAGAAUGCACAAAGUAUACAGUGUUGCAUUUGCAUGUUAAAAAUUUACAGGCAACUUAGAAUUGUACAUUUUGUCAUGCUUUUGGCUUCCUAAUGAUUUGCACCAAUAACAUAACAUAUUUAAGACUGUAACAGUGCUAACCCUUUUGCAACUUGCACAGGUGAGUUAGGGUAUGUUAAGCUUGUAGCCAAUGUGUGAUUGUGUUGAACAAUGUUUUGCUCUGAAUUUUGUUAUUUCUAGCUGAAACUCCUUAAUAGAUGACAUGUUUUGGUAUUGUUAUCCUUGUAGUCAAUAGGCUCACUGGUAAUAUUUGUUGAUUGAGCUGCUCUUGUACCAGUUUUUUUCAAGCUGUCAGUGUUAUUUCUUGCCUUUUGACAAGUGCAUUGUAAUCAUCCCACAUUUCAUCUUAUUAAAGGUUUAAAACCCAAAA